UAGUAAUACCUGAACAGAGAGCAGCUUUAUUCUCUCAGGCAGAUCUAGCCAGCAAAACAAUGAUUUGCUGACCAGAGAGAAAUGUCCUAGCUGAACCUUCAAAACACCUUCUUAUUAUGCGCUAAUAAAGGGAGACAUCACUGAUUCACCCGGCAAAAAGCCUGUUACUCUUUAAAAACCCUCCUCACCCUCGGUGCUACGGAGAAAAGACUUGAACAAGUUACAUGGAGCGUGCUUUCCUUUUGAUGUGGGUCAUAAUCGGUUCCAUAGCGGGGACUGGAAGUGGAGCAGACAAAUGUAGUUCGCCACCAAGCAUUGAGUUUGCUGAGUUUACCACAGAAAAAUACAUGGUGAGCAGUACAGCACGAUAUGCGUGUGAACCUGACUACAGAAAGAGAAGUGGGUCAUCAGGAAUAAUUGCAUGCAAGAACAUAUCUGGGCUCGUUCAGUGGGACUACGACACCAAUUUUGAAUGCAUCCAUAUCUCCAACUUGUCCUCGUUUUCACGCCUCCCAGAAAGAACAAGGAGCAGCAGGCCUGUGACCUCACAAACUGUGAAACAACUUGCGUCAAAAGGGUUCUGCGGGCUGCCCAGGCCUGUUCAACAUGCUCACCUCACUGCAUAUUUAUACCCCGUGGGGCAGAAACUGCAGUACAGCUGUCUGCGAGGCAAUGACGCUCGACCCCCAACCUCUGCCAUCACCACAUGUGAAAGCACGGCAAAGUGGACCACACUACAUCUGCAAUGCACCAAUGACAGUACGGCCGAGCCAACUCACAUUACGCCUACAAUGCAUCCCGUGGCAGGCGUAGUAGAUCUGUCCCAUUUUCCACCUAUGACAUUUCCAGUAACAGUGACGACUAAGCCGUUCCAUUUGACAUGUAGGACGGCCGUAAUAACAGCUGUUACAAUCCCUGUCGUGUUGCUGAGCGUCUUCAUCUUUGCCGGGUGGAUCUUCGCCAAGUAUGUGUAUUGCUACAGGACAAAAAAGAGGAGCUUUGUAGAAGAUGCAAAUAUUAAGAUGGCCAAUUGGACAACCUCUUCUCCAACUGCACCAGCAAGAAAAGAAGUAGGAAGCGAGGAAGAAGGUCAAAGUUUCAAGUUGAAUGUCUGAGGGGGGAGAUGAUAUUUUAAGGUAGAUUGCAGAGGGAUGGUUUUGACCACAACCAACAGCCAAGACGUCUUAGCUUGCAGUGGCUGGGAAAGACUUACAGUUUGCUGAAUACAGGCCGUACAGAAUCAUUACCAGAAAAAGAAAAUGCUCACUUUGAUGCUGUUUGCUGGAAGGGUCUUCCCACCCCGUCCGUCCCCUACCGCUGGUUUGACUGGUUUGUUAAUUCUAAUGAGUUGUUCUUAUUCAAUAUCCUUGGCACUUAUGUGUGUAUCUAUAUAUUUACAUGGCUUGAAUUGAAUCCUGCUGGGAUAAGCCUUACUUAUGUAUAUCUUUAUUAAGAUGGGUAGGUAAUUUUAUGGCUUCAGUGGAUUAUAAGAUCCAUGUACAGACAUUUUCCUUUUCAAAGCUAUUAUUUUGUGGUGGGAAAAAAUAUCUCCUGUGCUUGUGGGUUUCUUCACACCAAGCACUGAUACAGAUUACUCAUUCCUACAGGGUCUGACCCUCUUGCUACUUAUUGCUGACAGCUCCUUCAGACAUCUGCUACAGAUGGGUCGGGCACGCACACACUAUUGCUGGAAACUGGACUUCCACAGGGUGUCUUGUCCUGUUCCAGAUAGUUCAAGGGAAAGUCUAAUAGUACCCCUGUCCCUAACAUGCGUAGGAUGGUGCAAAGUUACCCAGAUAAGAUGUCCUAUGUCCCCAACUGAUUUGGCAUUUGUCCCCUCACUCCCCAGCCUUGCUGACCCAUGAGCAACCUCUACUCGGCCUGUUCUUCAUUUUUGAGCCUUCCUACUGAGGUCGGUGGCUUGAUAAUAAAGCACUAUUAAGCCAGUGUGGAUGGGUGGCAGGAGAAACAACCUUGUGGAAAUACCAUCCUGGGUUUUAUUAUCCCUAAUAAAUUAAGUGCCGUAUCUCACCAUGUCUACAUGAGGAACAGCUUCAGUGAAACACCCAGAGCUGUUUGAGGAGAGCUAAUAUGCAGCUAUAGCCUUAUUACAAUUUAUUCUUGAGCAUUCAAAAACAAAGUGGGCACUACAAAGAAACACGGCAUUGUCCUUACCUAACGGGUUCACAGCCAAGCUAGUUUAGGGUAUUUAUGAUCUACUGACCACAGAAUUACAGGCUCACCCUUCUUCCUCUAAGCCAUUCUUGACCUUGCGGUCACUCACCAAACACACAUAAACUAUCGGAGGGGAUAUCUCAACCUCUUCCCCAUGCUUCACACAGGUUAGACACCACUGGCAUGGCUCACUCGGUUCAAAAAUUCCUGCCAUUUCUGCCUAAUGCAAUGUGGCAGAUGGGAGGAGCAGGAGGCCUUCAGUAGCCUUGAAGUCUUGCCAGUCAUUUGGCUUUCUACCAGGCAAGGCCUUUCUUCCUGAACUGCAACAAGUCACCUGUAUCUACAAUAUGCCUGGUGAGCAGAGGCUCUCCAUGCCUUCAGGGAUUGUUUGAAGAAUUUGUUUAUCCUUUUCACUUUGCUAAUAGGGUUGAAUGUUUCCCUCCUUUAGCUAGUAGCUAUUAGAUGUCCUCUCAGGACUGUCCAGGGGACCCCAGCCAGCCGUCUUGGGCAGACCAGCUCUUCAGGGCUAGGACUCUACCCAAGGCCUUCAUCCUUUGGUGUGCUCUACAGCCAGACUCGAUGUCUACAAGGAUCCCAGCUGAAGUCAGCAGAGCUUUACAGGAACCAGUGGCAAGAAGGUCUGGGGCCCUGAGCACUGUCUACCCUUGGAGACAAUGGAGGCGAGACUUGAUGUACCCGUCAUUCAUGCUAAUAAAGUAUAGGGUGCUCUUUCUUUAUUUACAUGAGCUCAUUUUCCUUUGUAGUGAAUGAAUAAAUGCAGAGAAGACUUUGUGACU